AUGACUUAUUCAGUAUUAUUCAGUACCUAUUUACAGCUGGAUAGACUGGAAUGGGGGAGAGAUGACUUAUUCAGUACCUAUUUACAGCUGGAUAGACUGGAAUGGGGUAAAGAUGACUUAAUCAGUACCUAUUUACAGCUGGAUAGACUGGAAUGGGGGAGAGGUGACUUAUUUAGUACCUAUUUACAGCUGGGUCGACUGGAAUGGGGGAGAGGUGACUUAUUUAGUACCUAUUUACAGCUGGAUAGACUGGAAUGGGGGAGAGGUGACUUAUUUAGUACCUAUUUACAGCUGGAUAGACUGGAAUGGGGAAAAGAGGACUUAUUCAGUACCUAUUUACAGCUAGAUAGACUGGAAUGGGGGAAAGAUGACUUAUUCAGUACCUAUUUACAGCUAGAUAGACUGGAAUGGGGGCAAGAUGACUUAUUCAGUACCUAUUUACAGCUGGAUAGACUGGAAUGGGGGAGAGAUGACUUAUUCAGUACCUAUUUACAGUUGAAUAGGCUGGAAUGGGGGAGAGAUGACUUAUUCAGUACCUAUUUACAGCUAAAUAGACUGGAAUGGGGGAAAGAUGACUUAUUCAGUACCUAUUUACAGCUGGAUAGACUGGAAUGGGGGAGAGAUGACUUAUUCAGUACCUAUUUACAGUUGGAUAGACUGGAAUGGGGGAAAGAUGACUUAUUCAGUACCUAUUAA